AUGUCUAGCUUCCCAACUGGUAGACGGGUCCUUUUCCCCCAGAUCAAUGAAGAAGGAAGAAGUCAGCUCCGAAGUCGUGAUAAUAAAUCAGAAUAUUUUAACCGCACUUGA